UACCCCACAGGACAGGCGAGACACACUGACACCACCAUCUAAUACACACUGAAUCUGUUCCUCCUCCCUUUACUUUCUUUCACAUUAUCAAGCUAUCUAAUCGCUCUCAUCUCUCCAACUAACAAUAAUGAGCGACGUCGUCUUGAAGGAAGACACAGACACGGAGACGGAGACGCAGCUGACGGUGCUGAAGACGUCUCUGUUCUUCGCGGGAGAUGGCUUCACCGUCUACGAUUGCAAGGGUCAACUAGUCUUCCGCGUUGACUCUUACGGACCCGACGCCCGCGACAGAGACGAGCUCGUUCUUAUGGAUGCAAACGGCCGGUGUCUCCUCACAGUUCGCCGCAAGAGGCCCAGUCUGCAUCAACGGUGGGAAGGAUUCAAAGGGGAGAGAAGGGAGGGGGACAAGCCGAUCUUCAGCGUGAAGAGAUCAUCCAUCAUCGGACGCUCAAGCGUGACGGUGGAGGUCUACGAUAACCCAGGUGAGGAGUACCACAUCGAGGGAUGCUUCUCCCACCGCUCCUGCACCGUCUUCAACGCUUCGAAGGAACCAGUUGCCGAGAUCAGACGCAAGGUGGACCCCACCACAAGCGUUAUGCUUGGCAAGGAAGUCUUCUCCCUCUGCGUCAAACCUCUUUUUGAUUCCGCUUUCGCCAUGGCCUUUGUUCUCGUUCUCGAUCAGAUCAACGGCGACGAUCACGACCUUCUUAACACUGCUCCUGCCGACCACCCUGCUGUGCACCCUCUCCCUGCUGCUACUACACAACACCAGCAUUAAUUAAUUGCUCCAUCUUUGUUUAUUAAUUACUUAACCAAACAUUAAUCGUCCUUUAAUUUGGGUGUCACCCUCCAAGGGAACCUCUGCCCCGUCUUUUAUGCUCUAAGAUUAAUAAUAAUAACGUCUCUCUUUUAUGUGCU